UAACUAUUAUUAAUACUAUAGUACUAUUAUUUUCUACUGAGUCCCCACAGAAAAAGAAACUUUAGCUCAGAUUUGGGAUCUAUAAAUGUAACAAAAAAAAACAAAGAAGCUAUAAAUAUAUUAUAUAUCUUUCUUUUUCUCAUAUUUUUUCUCUAUUUAUAGAAGCUAAGCUUCUAUUAAUUGCUUUAUUUUUCUGGUGAAGAUUUGAUUUUAUUAGUUAGUUAUGGAUAAUAGUAAUUGGUGGAGGAAUUAUGAAGGCAUAUUGAAGACUUUUUACCCUGUAUUAUUGGGUCAACUUGUGUCUUUUGUUAUGGCACUUGCUAGUUUUACUUCUUCUCUAGUAGCAAAUCUUGGUGCAAAGACUCCACUUUCCCUAUCAUUUUUCUCUUACACAUCUUUAGCUUUGGUUUAUGGAGGAAUCAUGAUUUAUAGGAGGCAGAAAUUACAGGUUCCUUGGUACUGGUAUGCCCUUUUAGGUGUAGCUGAUGUCCAGGGAAAUUUUCUCGUAAAUAAGGCAUAUCAGUACUCAUCGAUCACCAGUGUGACCAUAUUGGAUUGCUGGACUAUAGCUUGGGUGAUAAUUUUGACGUGGUUGUUUUUGGGGACACGAUAUUCUCCGUGGCAAUUCUUUGGUGCAGCAGUGUGUUUAGGUGGUCUUGGACUUGUGCUUCUAUCGGAUGCUAAGGCGAGUGGCGGAAGUGGUGGUUCCAAACCUAUUCUUGGUGAUAUACUCGUCAUCAUAGGGACAUUUUUCUUCUCGAUGAGUAACGUUGGUGAGGAGUUCUGCGUGAAAAAGAAAGAUCGUAUUGAAGUUGUUUCAAUGAUUGGUCUUUUCGGUUUGCUUAUUACUAUGAUUGAGAUACCAAUCUUAGAAAGGAAGAGUUUGGAAUCGGUCAAGUGGUCUGCAGAGCUCAUAUUAGCAUUUUGUGGCUAUGCAGCGGCAAGCUUUAUGUUCUACACAUUUGUUCCUUUUCUUCUCAAGAUGAGCGGCUCAACCUUGUUUAAUCUAUCUCUUCUCACAUCCGACGUGUGGGCAGUUGUCAUUAGAACCUUUUUCUACAAGCAAAAGGUUGAAUGGCUGUACUUUGUAGCUUUUGCACUUGUGUUUACUGGACUGAUCAUAUACUCGAAAACCGCGAAGGAUCCAGUUAUCGAAGAAGCAAAUGCCGAUGAUCAACGGUACCAACUUCUUAACGACGACGAAGAGCAAGCUGAUCAUAGACAUGAUGAAAAAACUGUUUCAUGAGUUAGUUGUAUAAAUCAAUAUUCAUUGGAAUUACAUGUAUUUCACAUAUUAUUAUACUUCUGAAAUGUAUUUUUUUAACCAUAAGAUAAAAGUUCUGUACUUCUGCAACAUCUAUAUAUAUCAAUUGAAGUUUCUUUUUUCCCA